GACGAGCCUUGGUACUGAUCGUACCGGGUGCCUCUUUCGUGUCCUGCGCGUAACUUAUUUCGUGACAAUGUUGCUAGUGCUAUUUUUAUAAAAUUGUGUACAAGGUAUUUGAAAUUCAUUUUAUCAACGUUACAUUUUACGAAAUAUGAAAGUUGGUAAUUCCCAAAGUGCAAUUGAAAGAGCCAAAUGAGCACGAAAACUUUUGCAGCUAAGAAGUGGAAACAGUGCAUACAAUGUUGAGACUCUAACAAGCCAACCAUCAGAAGUUGUUAACCGUACCCGAGCGGCCAGCCGACGUAUAAUUCCGUGGCUACACUUACUAACUUCACGCAGACACUUUGAAAGUGUUUAACCACAUACAGUCCGUAUGGAAAUUCAAAAUCGAUAGAAUUUAAAUAUGGAAACACACUCCUUGGGCCGCACACGCCAAACGCCCGCAGCGAGAAAUCACAUCGUCUACACAGAUCACAAAGGACGCAAAAUCCCUUACGCCGACAAGAUCACUCCGGAGCCAAUCCUCAACAACAAUGCAGGCCGAGACACAAAGGCGGACUCGAUCAGAAACAGUUAUAAUAGCCAAUUCAAAGUUGGCAUUUAUGGCUGGCGGAAGAAAUGCCUCUACAUUCUUGUCAUGGCACUCAUGUUUAUGAUGAUUAUCAAUCUCGCUUUGACGCUUUGGGUUUUGAAAGUUUUAGAUUUUAAUUCAGAAGGAAUGGGUCAACUACGAAUAGUACCAGGGGGCCUACAAUUGUUGGGACAAGCUCUAGUAUUGGAUUCACUUUUUGCGUCAAGUAUUAAGUCGCGACGAGGGCAUCCGAUAGCUAUUGAAUCGUCAAGGAAUUUUACUGUAUCAACUCGAGAUGCGAAUGGCUUUGUACAGAGCAGGCUGUAUUUAGGUCAUGAUCGUUUAGAGGUGAACGUAGCCCGUUUAGAAAUAAGAGACGCCCGCGGUGGACUCUUACUCGGGGCUUCGCACGACGCGGUCACAAUCGGCGCAGACAACUUAUUCAUCUCCAGCCCAGCGGGUGCAGCAUUCAACACCGCAGUCCAAACUCCUCUCGUUAAAGCGCCACCCUCUAAACAACUUAUGUUGGAGUCACCCACGCGUUCGUUAGAAAUGCACGCGUCCCAAACGAUAUCGCUGGAGUCCCGAGCUGGGGACAUCAGCGCGAGCUGUUUAACUAACUUUAAGUUGCGGUCUACUGCUGGAUCGAUAAGACUAGACGCGCCAAGUAUUUAUAUGCCAAAGUUAAAAUCGGCCCUGCCACUGCCACCUCCGGCGUCGCAUACGCACGAUCCGCACCAUCAAAAUAUCUACCAGUUGUGCGCAUGCGCAAAUGGAAAAUUGUUCCUGGCACCGCCGCACGGCGUCUGCGCAGCGCGCGAGGAAAGUCUCAUUUGUCGAUGAUCCUUUAAUUAAUUACGAUGUUAAAAGAUAUUGUAUUCACUAACUUCUGACAUUAUAAAUGCGAUUUAGUCCGCUAAAGUUUGGAAUGGUACUUGCGUACAUAAAAGUCGGUAGAUAAAAAGCUUGGAAUCUGUUUUUAUUUAAAUAUAACUUUUUUUUAACACAUUUAAACUAUAAUUUAUUACUUUAUUUAGCAAGUUGCUAAAUAACUAUUUCGUAAACGAAUAAUAUUGCUAUUUUAAUGCCAUCCUUUGACCAUCCAACUGAAUUUG